UUAUCUAUUUAUUUUAUAAUAUAUCUUCCGUUUGGUGAUUUGAGAUUUAACAUUUAACAAUAAAAUUUUUGUGUAAGUACCCAAUACAUAAUCAACUAAGGUUGCCGCACGUUUUACGUGAUCUUAUUGUUCUUUUUUAAUAAUCUCAAUGAAAUUAAUAUUUAUUUUCGUAUUUAUUUAUUUUUUAGUAUUUGAUACUAUGGCAACACGAAAUGUUUUACUGCUCUCUAGUUCCAAAUUGCACGGAUUUGAACUGCUGGAAUUUGCUGAAAACGAAAUUUCUGAAUUAUUAAAUAGGAAUAAAGUUGAAAAUGUUUUGUUUAUACCUUACGCCCUAAAAGAUCAUGAUGAAUAUUUGAAGAAUGUGGAAAAACCGUUCAAGAAAUGGGGCUUUAACAUAAGCAGCAUCCAUACACAAGAACCGUUACUUGCAAUUAAAGAUGCAGAAGCGAUUUUCAUAGGAGGAGGAAACACCUUCCGACUUCUAAAGACAUUAUAUGAUUUAAAAUUGGUAGAACCAAUAAGAAAAAAAGUUCUACAGCAAGGAAUGCCUUACAUAGGAGCUAGCGCAGGUUCUAAUGUGGCUACAGCAAGCAUACACACAACAAAUGACAUGCCUAUUGUUUACCCUCCUACCUUUGAAGGCCUGGGACUAGUACCUUUCAAUAUAAACCCCCAUUACAUAGACGCAGAUCCAAAUUCUACACACAAGGGCGAAACUAGGGAAGACAGAAUCAGACAGUACCAAGAAGAGGAUCAUUCGAAAACUGUAUUGGGUAUUAGGGAAGGAUGUAUGUUGAACAUUAAAGAUAAUACGCUCGCUGUGAAAGGAGUAAAUGGAGGAAGAUUAUUUGAAAAGGGAAAAGAGCCACGGGACGUUAAUGUUGGAUCAUUUUUAAACUUUCUAUUGGAGAGUUCAUGACGAUAAAAUUUGUAUAAAUAAAACAGUUUUACCUUUUAUAAAACGAAGACUUAAGAUUCAGAUUCAGU